AUAAGGCAUUAACAUUUACAUGGACAGAUCAGUUUUCCUCUGAUUGUAAUAUCACCUUGAAUUGUUUGAUGUCUGUGUUGGGCGAUGUAGCAACAGAAAAUGGUGGUUUACCUCCUACACUAUAUAUUCAAGCUGAUAAUUCCCCAAAAGACAACAAAAAUAAAUAUGUGAUAAUAUUCCUAGCAAUGUUGGUGAAAAUGGAAAUUGUAAAAAAGAUAAAGCUGACAUUCCUCAUGGUGGGUCACACCCAUGAGGAUGUUGAUCAGUUAUUCAGUAGGAUUUCUGUUAAAGCUUCAAAAGAAAAGACAACAACCAUCCCAAGCCUUUUGGAUCUGAUCAAAAGGUCUUACACACCGCAACCUAUUGCAAAGCAUGUAGAAUCACUGUAUGAUUUCCGGGAUCAGAUGGCAUAUCCAUCCAGUCUAGCUGGAAUCAAAAGUCAGCACGUAUUCAAAUUGACAAAGGAUGGAGACAAAGUUUUCUUGGCAAUGAAAGAAUGGCCAUUGGAGUCAGCACCAUACAAAACAUUGGAGCUGACUAAUAUAUUACAGAAUCUCGACAUGCCGAGGAAGGUGGAACCAAACAUGGAAAAGAUUGGUGGUAUCAUACAGUUGAUGAGACGAGAUCUUCCAAAAUGGGUUCAAAAUGGAAAGUUAAACAGAGAAGAUGAACUUUGGUGGAUCAACUACCUAUCUACCCUCGAGAAAACAAGACGCCCUGCACCAAAGACUCCUUUGCCACAAAAUAUGGGACGUUACAAGAAACCACAACAUGAACAACCAGCUAUGGAAGGUAAUUUGUUGGCUGCGAUCAACAACCAUAUCCAGACUUUUGAGAGAAACACCGCAGUUAGGAUUGUUACACACCGACCACGGGUUUAAGUCCUCAAAACUAAUUCUAUUUUGUAUAUUUUAUAUAUUUUGUAUAUAUAUUUACCUCCUAGGAACAUUUGAUAGAUAAUCUUCUUAUGUCAUAUGAGCACCAAAUUUUGUGUCUAUAAAUGAAAUGACUUCUGUAUGUUUGUUUCAAAGAUUAAUUCGUAGAAACUUGUAGCUGCUGUCCUUUAGUGAAGACAGUUCAGCAUUUUAUAAGCAUGAUAAGUGACAACAUGUUUAAGCAGUUGACUGUAUGAAACUAAAUAUCAUUCACAUUAAUGUACAGUACUGUA